AUGCCACCUUUCACUUACCACGUCUUCCUCAGCUUCAGAGGCAAAGACACCCGCAGGAACUUCACUGACCACCUCCACAGAGCCCUGAAGCAGGAAGGCUUCCACACCUUCAAAGACGACAACGACAUCAACCGUGGCAAAAACAUAGGCGAAGAAACCAAACAAGCCAUCCGACAAUCGAGAGUCUCCAUCAUCGUCUUCUCCAAGGACUACACUUCCUCGUUUUGGUGCCUCGACGAGCUGGCCAUGAUCAUGGAAGAGCAUCGUCGAUCAGCUCCAUACCACGUCGUUGUUCCCGUCUACUACGACGUCAAUCCUGCUGAUUUGGCCAAGCAAAUGGGAAGCUGCUUCGCCAAAGGUUCUGCAGAAAUGGAGAUAGUUGGUGUGUGGAAGGAAGCACUUCUUCAGAGUGACGAGUGCAGCUCCGCCAGUAAUGGCGUCCUGGCUGUAAUCUACGGGAUCGGUGGGGUCGGGAAAACGACCAUUGCAAAGGCAGUUUAUAACCUGAGCUUCGACAAGUUUGAUGGGUCAAGCUUCUUAGCGAAUGUGAAGGAAGCUUCAGAGCAACACAACGGGUUAGUCCACCUGCAAAGGCAGCUGGUUAUGGAUGUUUCAGGAAAUGAAGGUGGUGAUGUGAAAAUAAAUAGAUUCAACAACUUACAUGAAGGAAUUCAACAUGUCCGGGACGCCAUCUGCUUCAAAAGGGUUCUCCUAGUUCUCGACGAUGUUGAUGAAGUCGACCAAUUGGACGCCAUACUUGGAGCUAGAGACUGCUGCUGCAGAGGAAGCAAAAUCAUCGUGACGACUAGACACGAAUCGCUGUUCAGGCGAAGUGACAUGACCACCAAGUUCCGAGUUGAGCCGCUGGACGAAACCAAUUCGCUGGAACUAUUCAGCUGGCAUGCGUUCGGGCAGCAUCACCCAUUGAGGAGCCACGUGAAGCACUCAAAAUCUGUCGCAAACUACUGUCAGGGUCUGCCUUUAGCUUUGGAAGUUCUGGGCUCUUCACUCGCCAACAAGAGCAUAGAGCUGUGGGAGAGUGCGCUGGAAGAAAUGGAGACGAUUCCUCCAAGGAAAGUUCUGAAGAUUCUGAAGAUCAGCUACGAUUCGCUGGAGAAUGAUCACCAUAGGAGAGUGUUCCUCGAUGUGGCCUGCUUCUUUGUUGGGAUGAAGAAAGAUUACGUAGUGAACAUACUGAAUGGGUUCGAAAUCAGCGCAGCAUACACGAUUCAGAGCUUGAUGGAUCGUUACCUUGUGACGGUCGAUGAAGAUCGUAGGGUGAGGAUGCAUCAGUUGGUUCGGGACAUGGGGAGAGCUAUUGUUUUCGACGAAUCCGAGAAUCCAGGAGAGCGCAGCAGGUUGUGGCGGCAGAAGGAUGCCAUUGAAGCUUUGAGAGAGAGCACUGGGACUGAAAGAGUCAGGGGACUAUCCCUGAACUUGGAAGAACACGGCCAUGGAAGUCCUGAUGAAGAUUCUUCCAGGAAAUGCCUUCUCCGGUUAUUCAGGUGGUGCAGAAAGGCUGAUGGAUCCAGAAAGUUGCCAGAUGGGAUGAUGAAGUUUCAGACGAAAGCGCUUGCAAAGAUGAGCAGGCUGAGAUUGCUGAAGCUCGGUCAUGUUAAGCUCAAGGGAGAAGAAUACAGGGAUCUCCCCAGAAGCUUGAUCUGGUUGUUCUGGCGAGGAUUCCCCUUGACAUCCAUACCUCAAGCUUGGCAUUUGGAGAAGCUCGUUGUGCUUGAUAUGCGUCACAGCUGCCUCAAGUUUGCCUGGAAAGGACUAAAGUUUCUCCGAGAGUUGAAGAUCCUGAACCUGAGUCACUCUCAUGAUCUCGUAAGGACUCCAGACUUUCUCAGCCUACCUAGCCUGGAAAAAGUAGUACUCAAGGGUUGCAUCCGUCUGCUAGAGAUCAACAAAUCCAUAGUCCAUCUCAAAAAGCUUGCAGUUCUAAAUCUGAAAAAUUGCAUGAGCCUUAGAAGACUUCCAAACAACUUUGAACUACUAUCCCUCGAAAAACUCGUCUUAUCUGGUUGCACAAAUCUUGAUCUCCCAAUAAAGCCAUGGAAGAUGGAAUCCCUCAAGUCACUUCACAUGGAUGGAGUUGCAGUGAAUCAAUCACAUAAGAAGAAACUAACAACUUUUUCAGUUUCUGUUUUGCCAUAUUCAUUGGUGAGCUUAAGCCUCAGCAACUGCAACAUUUAUGACAACACAAUUCCUAAAGACCUCAAAUGCCUGCCCUGUUUGAAAACACUGAACCUCAGCAAAAAUCCUAUUAGGCAGCUUCCCGAGACCUUCGCAAAUCUCUCAGUUCUCGAGAGCCUGGACUUAUCUGGAUGUAACAGCCUGAUAUGGCUUCCGGAGCUCCCAAGGAGUUUGGAGAAGCUGAAUGUGUUCCACUGCAACUUGUUACGGAGGCUCACAAAUCUUCCAAAUUUCUAUAACUUGUUGCUUUUGAGCAUCAUCUAUUGCAAUGAGCUCGUCGAAAUCCAGGGAAUAUUCAAGCUGGAGCCUGCUGGAGAAGAUGCUAUUGAGCUGAUCAACCAAUCUGGGCUAUACCAUUUGGAAUCUGCAGACAAAAUAUUAGUGACACUGAUUAAUAUGCUCACGUCAACAACAAUGAAGGCAUCUAGUCUCCAGAUACUGCAUGAAUGCGGGAUAUCCAAUCUUUACCUUCCAGGAAGAGAGCUACCAAGCUGGUUCCAUCACCAAAAGGAAGGGUCAAUUCUACAAUUUCAAGUGCAUGUGGUUCCAGGCCACGAGCUCUGUGGACUGAACCUCUGUGUCAUAUAUGGCUAUGAUGACUCAAAACCUUCCAGAGAGAUAUCUGUGGACAGAGAUUGGAUCGAAUUUGUGGCCAGAAUCACAAACCAAACCAAAGGCGAGAAGUGGGUUUACUAUCCAAUCAUUCUAGGGAUCCCAGAAGGCAAUAAUGAAAUGUUAUGGCUGAGUCACUGGAAAUUCGACAAAGGUCUGAUAGGAAGUGGGGAUAAAGUUGAUGUUUCAGUUCAAGCAAGACCUUUAGUAGUAAGGAGAUGUGGGGUACAUCUAAUGUACAGAAAGGUAUCCAUGACCCACGUAAAGCUCGGAAGCGAAAAAGGGGCAUCUCUAGAGGAAAUGACUAUCAGUGAUUACGCAAAGGCAACAGGGAAGAUCAAACCAGGUUGCAAUCUUCUGAACAACUAUGUGUAUAGUGGGUGCAGUAUGUUUUACAUAGAAGAAGAGGAAGGUGAACCAAAGAAGCAUCUCUUCUACGAGGCUCACUUUUUCUCUUAG